AUGUCUAUGGAAUUCGGAAAUGUUCAGUCGGCGGCCAUUGAGGGCGCGACUUUUACCUUCAACCUCGACGAUGCGUCAUCUCAAAAGCAGAAUGAUGGAACACCUUUGAAGCCUUGUUCCAGGACCGAUUGCGUCGCACAUCGAACAAAGCAAACGCAGCUUGAAUGGGAGCUCAAAGAAGCGCACAUGUUGGCGCAACAAAAGGAAGAGCAGAUGUCGACGAGAGUCGCCCAGCUCGAAUCCUAUGACCAAAGACUUCAAGCGGCACACAUCGAUCUUGCAGCUUUUGAACCUAUCGUUGCAAAAUUGGAAGCAGGUUAUAUCGAAGAGAAGAGGAAGAACGAAAAUUUCGCGGUUCUCGAAGAAAGAUACAGUCAAGAGAAGCGGAAUCUCGAAGCAAGAUAUACCGCAGAGAAGAAGAAGCAAACCAUCGAGUACGAGGAUCUAAGAGAGAAACACUUUGACCUACAGGACAAAAUGGCCGAAGCAAAUAUAGAUAACGCUGCUACUGUGGAGGCUCUUGAAGCGGAGGUUACAGCUUUGGAGUUAAAGAUUGUAGAGAAGGACGAUUACAUCAAUUUUGUCGAAACUCAAAUGAAUGCUAGGGAGGGGAGGUGCACUGCUAGAGAAGCGCGAUGUGCCACUAUCGAGGGAGAAAGGCGCAAUUUGAAGACCCGUGUAGCAGAUGAUCAAAAGAUCAUCGAUGAAAUGCAGUCCAAAAUGGAAGAAAUGCAAUUGGAAAAUGAGGCAUUGGUUUUCAACUUAACUAGCUGCAAGGAUGAUCUCGCGGGAAGUAUAGCCGAAAAUGAAAAGCUCGUAAAACGUCUGGACGUCGAAAAGCAAAGACUUGAAGAUUUCAUACACGAUGCUAGGGAGGUACAAAAAGAACACAAAAAGUUACAAGAGGCUUUGGAGAAAAAAGAGGAGGAUACUCAGGUGCUUCUUGAAAAUAUGGAAAAGGCCAAGAACAAUCUUGUGGCCAAAGGAGGAGUUGGAGUAUCACCAGAAAUGCAAAAGCUGAUGAAAGACUAUAUCGAGAUGUGCCGCAAUGUAAUCCAACAGAUUAUAGACACUCGAAAGGCCCAAGAACCAGGUUUCAACCCAACCCCAGGAACUUACCAACCCAAGGACGGGGAUAGUGGUGAAAAUUCACCGGCAGGUAGCAAAAAUUCCAGCGAGAGUAGCAGCAGCAGCUCUUCUGAAGCUGAAGCCGAGGAAGUGGCAGAGGGAGAAGGGGAAGGGGAAGGGGAAGGGGAAGGGGAAGGAGAAGGGGUUCCCGAUCUCCAACUCAUCAACAAAAAAACCAGGCGUCGCGGACUUGCCCCUGCUCCUGCUCCUGAGAUUCAAAUCCAGAUUAAAGAAGUAGAAGUGAUUCGAUACGUUGAUCGCGAGGUACCUGUGGUAGGACCUGUCCAAUUUAUUCCUGUACCAGGAGAAGAAAUCCCAGGACCAAUUCGCUAUACGCCAUUCCGGGUGUUCGCUCACAAUCCCGUCAUUUGCUGGCUCUUGGUUGAAUUCAAUUUCCUCAUCCUUUUCUUCCACUGGUCUAAGCAUUUGUUGAGCGCUCUUAGUUGGAUCCCUACAAUGACUAUUGGACUCGGCCCCUGGAAUCCAAAACCUCCUGAUGUCGAUUCCGAUUCCGACGAAUCAUCCGACGAGUCCGACGCAGCCGACGAGUCUGCUGCAGCUGAAGCACCUCCUGAUGAUGACAGACCACCCAAAACUGGACCUAAACUUCUCGCUGUAUUAUUCAAUCCAAAGCUUGGAAGAUUGCCAAAUACCUGGGAUACUUUUUGGGGUUUGGCAUUUCAUAUGAUUAUCUAUAGUAUACUUUGGUUGUUUGUCUCGGUUGCUUCUGAACGCAAACUUUGGCUUGCAGAAAACGAUUCGACUCGUAGAUGGCUUUGCCAAUUAAUUGCGCAGCACGGCAGUAAUGGUUUCCUUGGUAUGAAUCAAAUCUUACCUCAACGUCUCAUUCGUCUGUUAGCGAUAUGGAGGUUUGAUCUUCUGGAGCGUAUGGGUUAUCCUGUUGCAUAUCAGUUCCCUGGUUGA